GGUUACCAUGCCAACGAAAGUGAGUGUUGUAAACGCAGUGAAGAGUCAAAGCGGGAAUGGUUGUAAACCAGUGGUUUGGUAUUGUAACAUCCUGAAAAUAAUACUGUAGAGGAUGACUGAGUCAACACAUGAUCUAUGGGCAAGUGUCCAUUUCUUGAUCCGGGAAAAGCUCUAUCGCUCCGCUUACACUGCAGCGGCCAAUGGACUUCAACAAUUUCCUAGAGAUACAGUGCUUCGCCUUUCUAAAGGUGUUGCCUUGCUAUUAGAAAGUCAAACUGCAGAAUCUGUUCGUGCGCUGGAGGCACUGGCAGCCGAUGUUGUGUCAGGACAAGCUCUGGGACCUUUGAUAGCCCUGGCUGCUGCACACAAGGCCUGCGCUGUUCCUGACCAUGAAGCUUUGUCAACAGUGGAGGAACGCCUGGCUGAUGAGAAGAAGAAAGCAGGAGAAAAUAGUUUGUACCAGGCUGUGUUUGCACAUGUCUUAUUGGGACAGUAUGAUGCUGCACGCGAAUUGGGUGGCUUACUGCUUCGAAUUUCUUCUGCCUCCUCUGAUGCGCUCUCAUUGUGUGGAUGGGCUGAGCUGCUCGCUGCUUCAGGUGACAAGAAUCUCGCUGAAAAAUAUUUUCAGCAAGCUUUGGAUCAUGAGGGUGGGCAACACACAGAGGCAACACUGGGCAAAGCAACCCUCCUGCAUUUACGUCGGGAGUCUGAAGCAGCUGCAACCCUUUUGGAUCGUUUGGUGAUUCGAGAUUCUUUGCCAGCACUUAUUGAACGGACUCGUUGUCAGCUAGCCCUCUAUGAUUGGGAGCAGUGCCUGGAAUCUGCAGAUCGUGCCCUCAGUGCUGAUGCUGGAUGCCUACAGGCUCUUGAACACAAGAUGGUGGUGGCAUUGUGUCGGGACGGUGACUGUGAAGGCACAGCUGCAGGGUUACAGCAGUACAUGUCAGAACUUGAGCGCCGUGAGCCGAGAGGAGCAAAGCUGAUGUUAGAAGCUGCACAACUGUUUUCAAGAUGUUGUGGACGUAACAGAACUGUUCUGGCAGAGACUCGACAUCUUGUUGAAAAGGCUGCACAACUGCGACCUGGUGUUGAUGCUGCAUGCGAACUUGGAAGACAGAGUUUUCUCAGUGGAAAACUAGCAGAAGCAUUACGGCACUUCCGUGCUGCUACACGUGUUGACAAUUCAUCUUCAGCGGCCCUCACAGGUCUCAGUCGUUGCCAGAUGGAGGAAGGAGGUGCCUCAGCUGAGCAGGCUGCACAACAGGUGGAAUUUCUCCAUGAAAUUCAUCCAUCUGCAGAAGUGUUAUUCAUGUCAUCUCAAGCAGCUGCAGCCAAUGGUGAUUUUAAAAAUGCAAUAAAAGAGCUAGAUGAAGCCGUUGAAACACAUUUUCGAACAGUACGUACAAUGCCUUUUGGGACAUCUUACUUGCGAGCUGUGGAUCCAGAUUUCCUAAUACAGGUGGCUAAACAGUACAUUUCACUCAGUCCACCCCAUCCACCAGAAGAAGGGCAACAGCCAGCAUCUCUACGUCAGGCUGUGACAGUACUUGAAGCAGCAACCCGUGCAUGCCCUGGAUUGACAGAAGCACAAUUGCUUUUAGCCCGUGUACAGUUCCUGAGUCAUGAUUUGUCAAGAGCAGCGGAGACUUUGCAUCAUAUUCUUGAUUUGGAUUCAACCUCUGCUCCAGCUUAUCUUCUUCAAGCACAGAUACUCAUACAGCAAGGGGAUUUCAGUCAAGCUAUGCAAAGCCUGGAGAUGGGGCUCAGCUACAAUCUGCAUGUGCGUGAACAGCCAUUGUACCAUCUUCUUAUGGCUCUGAUUCAGAAACAUCAAGGCGAGGUGGAUGAGAGCUUGAAAUCACUGCAGGCUGGUCUCCAACUGGAUUGUUCUCAGAUGUCACUAGCGGAUCAAGUGUCACUUUCGCUUGAACUUGUGGACACACUUAUUGUAGCAGGUGAUGUCCAGUCAGCAAACAAGCAAUUGUCAACAGCAGCCGAGUCCUUUGGUGCCACUUCUGAGAGGGGUCGGAUUGUCCUGAUGAAAGCCAAACUACUUCUAGCACAAGGAGAUGUGGCAGCAGCAUUACAUGAGUUAGAAUCUGUUUCCCCUGGGCAAUCCACAUAUAGACAAGCACAGUGUCAAAUGGCUGAGAUACAUCUAAAGCAUCGUGGUGAUCGUAUGGCUUAUGCUGAAUGUUUUCGUCGUUUGGUAGAACAUGCACCAGGACCUGCAACAUUCUCAAUGCUUGGCGAUGCUUUCAUGCAGCUCCUGGAUCCAGAACGAGCCUUAGAAGCAUAUGAACAAGCACUGAAACGCUCGCCUUGGGAUGCGGCUUUGGCAUGCAAGGUAGGCCGAACACUAGUAAAGGCUCACCAGUAUGGCAAAGCAGUUAGUUAUUAUAGAGAGGCGAUUAAAGCAGAAGGUAGCAGUGGGCAGCUGAAACUUGAUCUAGCUGAACUGCUUGCGCGAUUGGGUCAGCAUGAUCGGGCAGAGAAAAUUCUUGUUCAAGAGCUUGGUGCACCAUCUGCUUCUGUAGAUGCAGGUCUGGAGUAUCGAGUUAACCUGCUGCGACAACUUUCAAAAAUCCGAGAACGGGCUCGAGACACUGCUGGAGCUCUUACAGCUUUGCGGGAGGCCCGUGAUUGUCAGGUUCGACUGUGUCGCAGAGCUUCGGACAAUGUAACUUUACGUUCUGAAGCAGCAGCUCUGUGUCGAAAGGCAGCAGAACUGGCAGCAGCACUUCGUGACCAUUCUGGAGCUGUACAACUUUACAAGGAAGCACUUGUUCAUGCUCCCAGUGACCGCACUGCCUUGGUUGCAAUGGCCAAGUUGUAUAUGCAGACCAGUGAGUUAGAGCUGUGCCAACAAGCCUGUUCUCAACUGCUUGAAACAGACCCUGACAAUGAGUCAGCCACAGUUAUGAUGGCAGAUUUAGCAUUCCGGCGUGUUGAUUUUGACACUGCUGCUAUGCACUUUCGUCAACUGCUUGCACAGCAGCCUACAUAUUGGACAGCCCUUGCCCGUCUUGUAGAGGUGUCACGACGAACAGCAACACUUCCUGAAGCUGAACCUUUCCUUGAAAGAGCAACUGCGGCUUGCCAGCGACCUGACCAAGAAGCUGGAUUAUGUUACUGUCGAGGACUGUUUGAGUGGUAUUCUGGUAAUCAUAAUGCUGCUCUUCGGUUCUUUAAUGGAGCUCGUCAUGAUGCUGAAUGGGGAAGACAAGCUCUUUACAACAUGAUAGAGAUUUGUUUGGACCAGAGUGAUGAUGCAGGUGGCAAUGGACAGUAUGAAGAUGAUUCAGGAGGAAACUCAAGACUGAUGGCACUGACAACAGCUGAGAGGUUAUUAGCAGAACUGAAACCAAGACCUACUGGUGCAGGUGGCAGUGAAGAAGCUCUUAGCCAUAGACUACUUGGAAAUUUCAUUCUCUUGGCCUCUCAGCAAAAGAGCAACAUCGAACUUGCACUACAGGAUUUGACUGCUCUGGCCAGUCAAGAAAUACAUCGUGAUCAUGCUGGUCUUGCUCUGGGACUAGCAAGGGCUUAUACUCAACUUAAGCAGACUACACGUGCACGUAACCAACUGAAACGUGUAGCACGUUCACCUUGGCGUUUUGAGGAGGCAGACUACUUAGAACAGUGUUGGUUGACACUCGCUGAAGCACAAGGUAGCACUAGUUCUGGAGCUUCUGAAUUAUUAGCUCGUGUCUUGCGGCAUAACCGUGGUUGUGUGCAUGCCCAUGAAUUGCUUGGCCAAGCUGCAGAAACAGAACAGCGGUACCGAGAUGCUGCCCUGAGCUAUUCUACAGCAUGGGUUCUCAGUAGGCGGUCUAAUCCUGUGCUUGGUAGCAAACUGGCUUUCUGUCACAUGAAAGCAAAAAGGUAUGCAGAAGCCAUUGAUGUCUGCCAGCAAGUGCUUAAGCUGCAACCAGAUUUUCCCCGCAUACGCAAGGAUAUUCUAGAAAAAUGUCGUAAUAAUUUAAGAACUUGAUCACUCUCAGCCUUAAUGGAUUUUGCCAUGAGCGACAUUGUGAACAUCCGUCCAUAAUUUAAGUUAACACAGUAAGCAACUUUUAUAAGCUUAUUGAACUACGCAGUUCUGUUAUUUGUCUUCUGUACAUGGUAUUUUACAUUCUACCUGAAAAGUCUUUAGUAUUCUCUGUAUUUAGCUGUUAUGACACCCUCAUGAACACUGAAUACAUAUUUCUGAAGGUUGUUAUCAUAAAAAAUAAAAUUAAAUAUAGCUUUUUAAAAAAGUGUGCAAGUUAUUGGAAAUAUGUAGUUCACAUGAGUGUUUGAAACCGUGUGACAGUAGAUCAUCACAAGUAGAAAAAGCCACUACAAGUCACCUUUAUAAGUUUGGGAGUCUGCAGCUCAUUUUUAUUUUAUGUACAUGGGAACCUGGAUUUUGUUUCCAUUUUUAAUCAUUAAAACAUUGCAAUGCACUUAAUUUUUGAUGUAAAAAUUAUAGCACUUUUAAGAGAAUGAAAUAUUAGAGCCUUGGACUUGAUUUGACUUUUAUUUAUGUUAAAUUGUUAAAUUAUAUUCAGAACAAAGGAUGUACUGUAAUGUAGGACAAGUCAAAGAAUACAACAUUACUUGGAGAGAAAGAGGGAGAAAAAGAAAAAUAUAAAUGAUAAAUUUUCCGUAUGCGUAUUAAUUAUCAUUAUUUUCAGUCCAGUUGUUGAAAUUGAGUGUCUACCAUACUUAAUGGUUCAUACAAUACUGCAAACAAUAUAUACACAAGACACGAAACAUUACAUGAUACAUA